GUAAAGUAAACAAUAUGGAGGUUGCAGGUGCCCGUUUGAUAAGCGAAUGACAGCUUCAUUAACAUUUUGAUUUGCAUAUGUAAAGAACCGCUGAACAUUUUAGCGUGUAAGCACAUGUUGAACGAACAUUAUAAGUAUCCAGUUUCUGUGUUAUUUCGAGGAUUAUCAAAAUGGUAUUGUUUUUAAACAUCAACGAAGGACAGCCUGUAGAAGUUUUAUGGAAAGGAAUAAUUUGUAGAGGCGUUGUAAAAUAUAAAGGAUGCGUUAUCACUAAAAAGGGAGAUUGGGUAGGAGUAGCAUUGGAUGAAAGAUUUGGAGAUCACAAUGGAACAUAUAUCGGAAGGAGGUAUUUUCAGUGUAUGGACAAACAUGGAAUAUUUGUUCGAUCUAAUAAAAUCAGAUUUAUUCCAAGUGUAAGAAGUACAUAUAAUAAAUACUACAGAGUAAGCUAUGACUCAUUUAUAGAAGAACCAUUAUUCGACACACAAAAACCAGAAGUAAAUGCUCCUUUAAGACUUUCUGAUAAACAUGGUCAUAGAUUAGGUUAUUCUGUUGAUGAUAUGGACCUCGGUGAAAGUUACACUAUCGGACGGGCACCAAGACACCAUCAAAGUCAUGCUAUAUCUCGUCGUGUGCCCGCUGUUACAAUGUUAAGACCUAGAACAGCCUUCAGUUAUAACACUAAACCUAUACACAGUGAAUAUUACAACCAAGAAGACUUUAUUCCACAGCCUUCUAUACCUAAAGCCCACAUGCCUUAUACUGCCUUAAGAAGACAAAUAGCUAGAGGAUGGGAUAAUGACCAUUAUACAAGAGAGAUGCCAAUUGACUAUGGUCGGGAUUCUAUGAAAUUUUCUCAAUGGAAUGACAUAUCUGCAUAGUUUCUAUUUUUAAUCUUAAUUUAUUUUUGUGAUGUAUAUUUAUUUUUUGCAUAUUACCAUAUCAAUUUGAACUUAGUUUGAAGAGCUCUAAAUGUAAUAAAAACCAGGCCAUUUUUUUGGGGAAAACUGGCAGUUUUCAUUGAAAACACAAAAUGUGAAAUGAUUACAUUAUACAGGUAGCAAUGAAUUUAAGACCAUAUUUCAUUUUAGUUUUUACAAAUAAAUACCAUUAAACUUAUGAGUAAGGAGUAAGGAAUCAAAAAUGUACAGGUAAACUUACAUUAGGUAGGUGCGAGGAAAAUACCAGUAAACUUAUAUUAAGCAGGUGCAAGAAAUAUGAUAAUACCAGUAAACUUAUAUCAGACAGUUAAAAGGAAUAAUAAAUAGCAGUAAAUUUGUAUAAGACAGGUGUCAGGAAUAUAAAAAUAGCUGUAAACUUACAUGAAAUAGGUGUCAGAAAUCUAUAUAAAUAAAAUAAAAGAUGUCUAUGUGUAUGUUCUCCCCAUCAUGCUGAAUUGCCGCGAUAUCAAAUUAAAAAGCAUGGCCCCAUGAAUGUUUUAGGCUGUGGAAUUCGGGUCGCGGUAGGGUAUGCUGCUAGUAUAAAAAUAACCGUAAAGUUAUAAGAGAUAGGUGUAAGGAAUAAAUAUCUUGUUUAUUUUUUACGAUUUUACACAGCGUAAUCUACUAUAUCUGACCUACUUUCUAUCACAACCAUGUUCUGUCACUUUAAGUUCUAUUUAUAACCAGUCUUAUAAGGUCCGCUCUUAUGUGCUUGGGUUUUAAUGUUUACAUUAUUCACAACAGAAUCAAGUCCUGUAUAUCCAUACAGAUAGUCCACGCAAUUUAUAUAAACACCCUCUUGAAAAAGAGUGUCUGAUGGGAAGUGAAAAAUAAAGGGAAAAGUAAUCGACAUCAGAUUGGAACAAAUCAAGAUUUGAUUUAUUGAUUUUAGAAAACAGAUCUUUGUAGUCAACAGUGAUAAGUUCUCCAAACAGGAAAUAUGUUCUUAUAAUGAACUAUUUGUUGCCUUCUGAGAGGAAAAGAUUUGAUGUAAAGCAAGUAAUUGAAUUAUGUUGAUCUGGGUCAGAUUUUACCAAGUCACAAUCUUAAAGUAGAUUGUAUAGUCUAGCAUUCUAAAUAUUACAGAGUCAAUAGGUGUCAAAUGUAGAUUUAUGUCACAGGAGAAACAUCUGGUAAUAUUAUAUUAUUGUAUAUUGCACAUUUUAUUGUCAUACAUCAUAAUGUAGAACUAGUCCUUUAGUAAAUGUAUAAUAUUUUUUUUUUUAAUUUGUAUAAUAAUAUAUAGAUACCAGUCAUUACUUGUGUUUGAUUAUAAUAGAAUUCUUUAGGUCUGAUUGAUAUAAAUUAUUUGUUCUGGAGAUUAUCAGUUCAUUAUUCCAGUGAUAAUUUCAUUUGUCUGAUCUCGGGUAGAAAAAACUCUGUUAUGCCCGAUUAUAUACAGUAAUUUUCAAUAAGAAUAAUUUAAUCAGGUGCUCCUGUUUCGAAAGACAGUAUUUUCUGAGUACGGUAUGUCUUUUUUUCGCAAGAGGAGUUGAAUUUUAACAUUUUUAUUACCGGUUUCUUUUUUAAAAAGAUAAAUAAGAUAGCAACUACAGCUUGUUGAGUCAAUAUGUUAUAUUGGGUUAAGUGCCUUUUAAGGAGAUAAAGUGUCUUCAACUUCUUGUUGAUAUCAGUUUUGAUGCUUUAAGGUUAUUGGUUAUUGUUACAGUAAGAUUAGGAUAUAUAGUUACUGUUGUUGAUUGUUACUGCAAGCCUAUUAGACAGUCCCUAGUCUAUGGAAUUUAAUCAUUUUCCACAAUGACCAACAUCUGAAGUCACUUACUGAUGUGACCUGCUGAUUCAAGUGAAAGUCGACUUCUUACUCUGUAUUCAACAGUCCAGGAGACUAUUUUCUAUAUAUAUUAUUUUGUUAAAUGUAGAAAUCUAUUAAAUAAUGGGUAAAUGUUUAAAUUAGCUGUGAUACUACUGUUAUAUUUGUUAUCAUACAAUUUACUCUAAUCAAUCCAAUAAAACACAUUAAAAAGUUA